ACUCUUCACUCUUCGUAAAAUAUAUUUCUAAGUCGAACCCCAUCGUCUUCGAGUGAAACACGUUGAGCUCAAUUUUUAAUAUCGAUUUCGUGUUACAUGUUUAUUUCCGUUGUUAUAUUUUACACCGGUCAAGGAAGGCAAUACUCGUUUAAAAGUUUUCAAAUGGACUCAGAUAUUAAAAAGAAGCGACCCCCACAUCCUAGAGCUAAUGCGAAUAUUUUUGAAAUCUUAACAUUUGGGUGGACUUUUAAGCUCUUCAAUACAGGACGAAAAAGAGAUUUAGAAAUAAAUGACCUAUAUACAACAUUAAGUUCACAUUCUUCAUCAUUAUUAGGCAUAGCAUUAGAAAAGAAAUGGAAAGAAGAGUUAUAUCAUUCGAAAAAAAGAGAUCGACAACCAAGCCUCUUAAGAGCUUUAUUUCAAAUGUUUGGAACAAAAAUUAUGUUUUAUGGAAUUCUUAUGUCAUUGCUUGAAAUUAUACCGGGAGCAUACCAGCCAUUUUUCUUGGGUUGUGUAAUUGCUCAUUUUGAUCCAGAUACACAAACAAAUAAGAGUUCCAAUCUCGGUAUUUACUAUGGAUUGUGCUUGUUCGGAACCGUUAUGAUAAAGAAUUUCAAUUUCGUAGUCUACGAUACGAUUUCCAUGCAUUUGGGUAUGAAGAUGCGAGUGUCUACGUCUCGCCUUAUUUAUAAUAAGGCAUUACGAUUAAGUAAAACAGCUUUAGGUGAAACCACGGCUGGCCAAGUAGUGAAUUUAUUAUCAAAUGAUGUAAACCGUUUUGAUACUUCAAUAUACUUCUUGCCAUACAUAUGGACAGGACCUAUGCAAACAUUAGUGGUAUCAUUCUUUUUGUGGCGAGAAAUAGGCGUUUCAUCAAUAUUUGGAAUAGUUCUAAUAAUUAUUUUCAUUCCAUUACAAGGUUGGCUGGGAAAAAUAACUUCAGAAUUUCGAUUAAAAAUAGCUAUUCUAACAGACAAAAGGGUACGUUUGAUGAAUGAAAUCAUAUCGGGUCUAAAAGUCAUUAAAAUGUAUACUUGGGAAAAGCCAUUUGAAUAUCUUGUAAAAAACGUGAGAAAAAAUGAAAUUAGAAGUAUUAAAAAAUCCAAAUAUAUCGGUACUUUUUUAAUAUCGUCUUGGCUAUUCCAUACUAGAGUCGCAUUAUUUUUUAGUAUUUUUUCGUACGUGUUUUUCGGGAACUUUAUCACUGCUCAAAAAGUUUUUGUCGUAACUUUGUACUAUAAUAUGUUACAAGUAUCAAUGACAUUCUUUUUCCCUAAGUCCAUAACGCAAAUAGCUGAGUUAUUGAUAUCCAUUAAACGUCUACAGAGUUUUUUACUGUAUGAAGAGAAAGAAAACCAAUUAAUGGAUCGUAUAGAAGAUAAUGAAUCGGCAACUAUUGCAAAUUAUAAUGCUAAUUAUAAGAUUAAAAGUAAUGGAGUAGACACAUCAAUUGGUUUAAACCACAACAUUGUCUUAGAAAACGGUGAUAUUCAAAAUAAUUCGCAGGAAUCGAUAGAGUUAGGCAUAAUCAUUUCUAACGCAACAGCUAAAUGGGCAAAUACUCAAUCUAAUUUUUCUAUACAAAAUAUCAAUCUAAAUGUCAAACCUAGUAAAUUAGUUGCAGUUAUUGGUCCUGUAGGAGCAGGAAAGAGUUCAUUAAUACAAGCUAUAUUAAAAGAAUUGCCAUUAUGCGGAGGACAUAUUUCGGUACACGGUGUAGUGUCCUAUGCGUCACAGGAACCGUGGCUGUUCGCAAGCUCUGUACGUCAAAAUAUCAUUUUUGGUUCGCCAAUGGAUGAAAAGCGUUAUUCAAAAGUAAUUCAAGUAUGUGCCUUAAAAAUAGACUUUGAACAAUUGCCUUAUGGUGAUAAAACGAUUGUUGGGGAAAGAGGAGUCUUACUGAGUGGUGGACAAAAAGCAAGAAUAAAUUUAGCAAGAGCAGUUUAUAAACAAGCGGACAUUUAUUUAUUGGAUGAUCCAUUGUCUGCUGUUGAUACUCAUGUAGGCAAACAUUUAUUUGAAAAAUGCAUAAAAAGUUAUCUAAAAGAAAAAACUUGUAUUCUUAUAACACACCAGUUGCAAUAUUUGUCCAAUGUCGAUCAUAUUAUUCUAAUGGAAAAUGCAAAAAUAUUAGCUGAAGGAACAUACCUAAGUCUUCAAACCAGUGGUUUUGAUUUUACAAAAAUACUGGAAUCUUUCUUGGAAACAACUAUUUCGGAUAAUGAAUCCAAAUAUAAACAUGUAGAUACAAAACGUACUAAUCCACAUACCAUAUUACAGAGUAGAAAUUCCUGUCAUAGUACUGAAUCAUCCACUGAUGAACUUAACUUUGAACACGAUCAAAACAAUCAAAUUGAAAUACCUGAAACUUGUUCAAAUGGAGAUAUUUCGAUUUCUAUAUACUCAUCAUAUUUUUCUGCCGGUGGAAGUUCAAAAACACUAUAUUUUUUAUUGUUUAUAUGUAUUUUCACUCAAGUCUUGGCAUCAGGUGGAGAUUUUUGGAUAUCAUUUUGGGUGAACUUAGAGGAAAGUGUUUUUCGUAAAUCGAAUAAAAUGGAUUAUAACAUUUUAUCAGCCACUUAUAUUGUCUCAUCGAUGGCUCACGAAAUAUCUAAUCCGCCGUUAAUUUCGAGGCAAAGUUGUAUCAUAAUAUUUGCUAUUUUGACGUUUUCUUUAAUUGUAGUUAUCUUAAUGAGGACUGCUACGCUAGUAUCUGUAUGUUUAAAAGCGUCAUUUAACUUGCAUAACGCUAUGUUCAACGCUAUAAUUAAAGCUACAAUGUACUUUUUCAAUACAAAUUCAACUGGACGAAUUCUAAACCGAUUUUCAAAAGACAUAGGCGCGAUUGAUGAGCUUUUGCCACUAGCUUUAUUGGAUUGCAUACAAACAGGAUUUUUAGUGUUGGGUAUUAUUAUUGUUCUUGUAUUUUUGAACAUUUAUUUAAUGUUGCCGCUCAUCAUAGUGUUGAUAACCGUUUUCAAACUUAGAAUUUUAUACUUGUCAACUUCACGAAGUGUCAAACGUCUAGAAGGAGUUACUCGUAGUCCUGUAUUUGCUCAUUUGAAUGCGACCAUACAAGGUUUAACUACAAUUAGAGCAUUUAAUGCAGAAGACAUAUUAUUAAAAGAAUAUGAUAACCAUCAAGACUUACAUUCUUCAGCAUGGUAUUUAUUCAUAUCAUUGAGUAGAGCGUUCGGAUUUUGGUUGGAUUUGGUUUUUAUUAUGUUCGUUGGUGUCGUAAUAUUUAGCUAUUUUUGUACUGAUGACGCAAAUGGAAGUCAUGUUGGUCUAGCAAUUACUCAAGCACUGGGGUUAGUUGGUUUUUGUCAAUAUGGAAUGAGGCAAUCGGCAGAAUUACAAGACCAAAUGACUUCUGUAGAGAGAGUACUCGAAUAUACAAAUCUUCCCCAGGAAUCAGCAUUUGAAACACCUCCAGAUGACAAGCCACCAAGGGAAUGGCCUCAAAAAGGACAAAUUGAAUUUAAAAAUUUUUAUAUAAGAUAUUGUCUUAAUGAGCCACACGUAUUAAAAAAUCUUAAUCUUAAAAUAAAAUCAACUGAAAAAAUUGGAAUUGUUGGUAGAACUGGUGCUGGAAAGUCAUCUUUGAUAAGUGCGUUAUUUAGAUUAGCCCACAACGAAGGUUCUAUCUUGAUUGAUGACAUAGAUAUUAAUAAAUUGGGAUUACACGAUCUGCGGUCUAAAAUUUCAAUUAUUCCACAAGAACCUGUAUUGUUUUCUGGAACAAUACGAACAAACUUAGAUCCUUUUAAUGAUUACAAGGAUGAUACUCUGUGGAAUGCAUUAAAAGAAGUAGAACUUAAAGAUAUUGUCAAAGAAUUGCCUCUUUGUCUUGAUUCUAAAAUGUCUGAAGGUGGUUCUAAUUUUAGUGUAGGCCAGAGACAAUUAAUAUGUUUGGCUAGAGCUAUAGUGCGAAAUAAUAAAAUUCUUGUGUUGGAUGAAGCCACUGCAAAUGUUGAUGCGAAGACUGAUACGUUGAUACAAAGAACUAUAAGGAAUAAAUUCCGAUCUUGUACAGUACUAACAAUCGCUCACCGUUUAAACACUGUUAUGGAUUCGGACAAAGUACUCGUAAUGAAUUCCGGCGAAAUAGUUGAAUUUGAUCAUCCUUACAAUUUGUUGCAAAAGAAGAGAGGAUUUUUGUACCAAAUGGUGAAGGAAACGGGGCAAGACACAUCUUAUAUGCUUCACAGUGUAGCUGCUGAGAAUUAUAAGAUUAUACAUUUGAGCAGAUGAUGAAUGGAAAAUAUAAUUAGUCUGGUGCUGAAAACGAUAAUAAAUGAAAAAUUUUAAUUUAUUUAUAAAAAGUAUUAGAUAAUUAUACUUUCAUACUACAGCUCAUAUUAAUCAUAUUAAUAAAAAUGUAUUAUGGUUAUUCUUUUUCUAAUAAUUACUUACAACUAUUUUGAAUUAUGAAGGAUUAUAGAAAUUAUAAUCUGAAGCAUGAAUGAUAACUUAAACAUAUGUUUAUAAUAAGACAAAAUAAACAGUAAAAAGUAAAAUAGGCCAU